GAUGACGACAUGUUUGUUGGCCGGAAGUUAUGCGUUGAAUGACGACUGUCGGCAGUCGGUUUGUUUUUAAAAAUAGUUUUGCAAAAUUCUGGUGACAAAUAUUUUGGGCAGGGACACAGUUUGACGUAGACAGCAGAAGCAGUAGAACUCGACGCUAACCCACUGUCUUUACAGUUUUAUUUGCGUUAGUUACUUAUUUUGUUUCAGCUGGUUUUCUAAAUGGACAAAUCCAGUAAAGCUAAAUUUAAAAUAUAAAGAAAUAUAUUCAUGAGGACUAGCUACAAUUUUAUUUUCAAACUGUCUCUGCAGAUUAAUAUUUAGUUUAUAUAGUUGUCGCUAAAUUAAAUGCCAUAUAGCUGAUAUUUGUCGAGUUUUAUCGUCAGAUUUGGCUUCUGUAGGAAUUGUGUAAAACGACCAGAUAUUAGUGUUGUUAACACACAUCACAGUAGAGUGGUAGUUGUAAGUAAUGGUAUUUUCCCGCUCGUGAGUUAGUGGUCUUGUUGGGAGAGAAGAAAGGUAAUGUCUGAGGUUAGAGUUAACCUGCAUGAAGCGGAUGCAGAGACAAACGAAGACCAGGGACCAUGCCCUGAUCCUGUUAUUCCUACUGCUGAUGCUUCCACACCGGACCUGCAGGGUCUGUUAUCUGCUGUCAACUCAACCUCAACUGAUUUUAGCCUCUCACCUUCUGAACCAAGUGGUUUAUUGUCAUUACCAUGGGAGAUCUUAACCUAUAUUGCCUCACACCUUCCUGCUCAAUGUGUCAUCAAUGUGCUGCCAAAGGUCUGCCAUGCACUGGGAACUGUAGGUAAGGACAGCACUGCUUGGCAGCUACGAGCACAGAGGCUGAUCGGAUCAAGGGGGAGCUUUCCAGUUGGGCCGAGGGAGGACUUUGACUGGCCUACUGCUUGCCUAGAGAUGGAGCAGCUAAUAACCUGCUGGAGAGGGAAAAUGCAACAUGUAGCCAGACAGACCCAAGAGGAUGAGGUGGAAAGGGAUCAAGUGAGGCCACAGGAGGGAGAAGUGGUUGCGGAAAGACAGGAAAAUGGAGGGGAUGAGGUAGAAGGGGUGGGAGUGGCAGCGCAGGAAGUUGCUUAUGGUGCUGAUGAGGGGAUGGAGGUAGCAGUGGAAGGUGAGGAUGGUGAAAUGCAACCUGUCUUAGAUGGAGACCAAAUAGGAAGACUUAGAGAGGAAUUGGAGGAUAGAUUGGAAGAUGGUGCAGCAGCACUAAUAGAAGAUGGAGGGGUGGCAUUUCAAGCUGAAGUGGGGCAAAAUGCAGUUAUACAUCACCCAGAGGACUUGGCAGACCCCAGGAAUCGGGGAAGACAGGUAGAGAUGAUGCAACCUCAGUCCACCAGAAGUCCCAGCCCACACCCAGCACUGGAACACAUUACUCUUCCUUCAGGACACAUUGCCCAGGUCAACUCAGUCCUCCUACUUGGGGGAGAAGGAGCAGUUUGUGCCACAGGUUCCAGAGACUGGAAUGUAAAACUCUGGGAUCUUCAGGCAGGCUCCAGUGGAGCACUACUAUACACACUGAGUAAACAGGGUGACUUUAGCACCCAUCGGGGUUGGGUGUGGUGCCUUGCAUCUGAGGGUCCUCUGUUGGCCUCAGGGGGCUUUGAUAGCACAGUGAGGCUGUGGGACCUACAUGCAGGUGGUGCAGAGAGAGGCCUGAUCAGGACUGGGGCUGCUGUCCUUUGCAUGUCCUGUCAGACCGAUGUACUGCUGACUGGCACAUUUGACAAGAGGGUCAGCAUGUACGACACUAGAGCUUCUAAACAACUGAUUAAAAGCCUCCGUCUCCAUAGUAAUGCCGUAAUGUGCCUUGCUGCUGACGACAAAUACAUUGUCUCUGGGAGUAAAGACUGCACUGUGGCUGUCUAUGACCGCAGGGCAGGCAAAUGCUUGAAGAAACUCAGGCUGAGCUCUUAUCUGCUGUCCAUGAGCCACAGUGGUUAUGAAAUCUGGGCAGGAGACAACAGAGGCAUGCUCCACUCCUUUUCCAUGCAGGCAGGGUCUUUAAAGCUUUUGUCCCAGUUUGAUGUGGGACACACAGCUCUGGUCACUGGCAUCCACAGGUCCUUAGGAAGCCUUUACACCUGCUCGUCAGAUUGCACUGUCAAGAUGCAUAUCCCUUGUGCACCUCCGAGGACUUUAUAUAGUCUGCAUUAUCAGUCUGGAGUCCACGGGCUGAGCGUGGAGGCUGGAGUCCUCGCUGUGGCCUCUGGCGAUGGUAGUGUGGACAUCUGGAGGCCCAGAAAAUGAAACUACAAGAUCUGCAGUCUUUAUCAGGAAGACUUGAGGUGGAGACAAGAUCUGAAGCAUGACAGCACUUACUGCCCAGUAGUGAUGUGCAGAUUGAUGCUGAAAUAUUAAUGCCUCUGAUACCAGUUAUUUAUGUUCUGAAUGAGGUUUUCAUCUUAUAAUAUCAAUAUUUUAGUAAUUUGAGGUAAAUCUGUAGUUUAUCAUGAACAAGAACACAGUGGAAAGUAACUGUACUACCAGUUGGUAGGAACUACUUCUUCUUCUGUCUGCCAUAGUCAUAUAUGUGAAACAUGGCACAGCUUAGUGUUGUAGCACUAAUGAUCCGAAGUGCAUCAUUAGCCCACCUCUGUAACCACUAGGCUACCACUCCCCUAUUUUAUUUUAUUUAUUUAUUUUACUAUAAUUUAUUUUGAAUAGUACAAACAUUGUAGGCUCAACAAAAUAGAAAUACGACUGAGAAAUAUUUAAUAGACAAGUUAGAUAAAAUCAGCCAGCCUAUUUUGUUUGACUGAUUGUUAACUGAAUAUUAUAAAAUCUUAGUAUUGAUAAACUUCUUUAAUUAUUGUGGCAUUUUUUUAUUUCUGUAUUUUACUGGCUAUAGAAACAGCAUUCUAUACAAAACAGUGGGAGCAUGUGAACUAUAAAUAUCUUUUCCCUUCGUUUUAAAGGGAUUUUCCAAACAUAUUACGUUUAUGUACAAAGUACAGAUAUCAGAUCGGUAUCAUCAGUACCCGCCUGAAUUUUACUUGGUAUCGGAGCAUAAAGGAAAUCGGUAAUAUCGCACAUCACUACUUCCCGUCCUGCAUUGUGAUAUUUGUGAAUAGAUUGCUUAAUAGGGAGAAUAUUUAGAAAGAAAAAAUAAAGUCCUUGUUUAAUGGGCUGAUUUCAUAUAAAGAGAUAUACAGUCAGAGAUGAUUUAACAUGAAUCCAUAUUGAAAGCUGGACCUCCUGACAUACAGUUCAUAUGGCCAAACUAACGUCAGUGAAAAUGACAUUUUUGAAAGCCUGUUAAUUGAUAAAAAUGUUGUACCAUUUUUAAUUAAACUUUCUUUUUACAUUGACAUUUUUAUAUGGCAGAUAUAAUUUGGGAAAUUUCUGGAGUGUUAUUGUAGCUAAGUUUAUUUAUUCCUGAUGUUUAUUCUGUAUUCCUGUACUCAUUGUUUUCAAUGACAUUGUGCUUAAACAGUUGUCACUUUUUUAAAUAAAUUUUUGUGUGUUCAUAUAGUAUGGAAAUCACAGACAUAUAACCAUUUAUUAUUUAUCAUUACAGUGACUGAUGAGGGAAAAAAAUCAUUAGCUACAGGUUACAUACAGUGAAAUGUUUAUUUCAGUUCCUCUGUGAUACGCUGAUUGUGCCAUUAAAUAUCCUGAAACUGG